AUUUGUUGUUUUUAUUAUCUCAGCCUCUUUAUCGCAUAUACAUAAUACACAAAAACCCUCAUCUAUAUGCUGCUUAAAUUUUCAGUGUGAGCUCUGUUUGUUGAUCGAAAUCUGUGUUUUCGAGACUUUUUUCGAAGCCCCUUUGGCCCAUCUACUCAUUCAUCAAUUUCAUCACUAAUUCUCAGGCGAUAAAAAGGGGUAGUAUAACAUGGGUAGUCAUGAGGGAUUGUCUCAGCCAGAUGUAUUUUAUCCUAAUGGUCUUUUACCGGAGGAGGCAUCUUCUGUGACGAGAGUACUUGAUUUGGAGAGAUGGUCAAUAGCUGAAGAGAGGAUUGCUGAGCUGAUUGGCAACAUUCAGCCAAACAAACCCUCAGAAGACAAAAGAAAUGCAGUUGCAAAUUACGUGCAACAGCUUAUUACUAAGUGUUUCUCAUGUCAGGUAUUUACUUUUGGAUCGGUACCCCUCAAGACAUACCUCCCCGAUGGAGAUAUUGAUUUAACUGCAUUCAGUAAGAAUCUUGAUCUUAAGGACUCCUGGGCUACUGAGGUCCGUGACAUGCUUCAGAAUGAGGAAAAGAAUGAUAAUGCUGAAUUCUGUGUGAAAGAGGUUCAGUACAUUCAGGCAGAGGUCAAACUUAUAAAAUGCCUUGUGGAAAAUAUUGUUGUGGACAUAUCUUUCAAUCAGCUUGGUGGUUUAUGUACACUUUGCUUCCUCGAGGAGGUUGACAGUUUGAUAAACCAAAAUCAUCUAUUCAAGCGCAGUAUCAUAUUGAUAAAAGCUUGGUGUUACUAUGAGAGCCGAAUACUCGGUGCUCAUCAUGGACUAAUUUCAACGUAUGCUUUGGAAACAUUAGUGUUGUACAUAUUUCAUGUUUACAACAGUAACUUUACAGGACCACUUGAGGUACUAUAUCGUUUUCUGGAGUUUUUCAGUAAAUUUGAUUGGGAGCAUUAUUGUGUUAGUCUCUGGGGUCCAGUACCAAUUGUUUCACUUCCUGAAGUAAUAGCUGAUCCUCCUCGAAAAGAUGGUGGAGAUUUAUUACUCAACAAAGUAUUUCUCCGUGCUUGCAGCACUGUAUACUCUGUUUUUCCUGGAGGUCAAGAAAACAAUGAGCUACCGUUUAUUCCAAAACAUUUUAAUGUCAUCGAUCCUUUACGUGCAAAUAAUAAUCUCGGGCGUAGUGUGAGUAAAGGCAACUUCUUUAGGAUUCGGAGUGCCUUUGCUUUUGGUGCUGAAAAGCUUGCAAGAAUGCUUGAUUGUCCUCGGGAAAAUGUAAUUGCAGAAGUCAAUCAGUUUUUUCUGAAUACAUGGGAUAGACAUGGAAAAGGCCAUCGCCCUGAUGCACUGGGUUCUGGUCUUCGUAGUCUACGACCUCUUAAUCUAAAUCAGGUUAAUGGGUCCAGUGAUGUUACAUAUCCUUUAAACAGCAAAAAAAUCCAAUCUGCCGGACGUGAAGUUAAGCUUCAGAAAAGUUCUCACUUGUCUAAUGGCAUUCUUCAACAGAAAGGAAAUCAACCCUUCAAGACUAACUCUAGGACAAUUAAUAAUACUGCUGCGUUACAGAGCCAGAAGACAUCUGCUAACUCAACUUGCUCAGUGGUAUCCAAUCAGAACCAUCAUACACCCCCAGAGGAUGAUGGUAAACAUAAUGCACACAUUGACAAUGGGAGAAAUAAACUAGAUCAGAUGGGAAACAAAAUGAAUUUAAGGUAUCAGUAUGAAAGGACAAACUCAACCGCAGAGCGUAUGGGAAGAGAGAAUGAAAGUUUACAUCGAUCCAGGCAUAACAGAACAUCAGAAACAGUGAGGGAGCAAGCUGCUGCAUCAAGAUUAGAUUAUGGCAGGAAAAAUUCUAGUCAUGAAUCCUCAACUGACAACGAUGCAAGAUCUAAUACUGCCUUCUCUUCAAACACUGCUCCAAAUAGACUUCCCAGUCAUUCUGCCUCAAAUGCCAGGCAAGAAGACGGAAACUCUGCUCCUGAGACACUGCAAAUGCAUCAGGAAGAACAAGAUCUUGUAAACAUGAUGGCAUCUUCAAGGGUUCAUAGUCUUGAGGGACAUUAUCAGAUGCCAAUGAAGUUUGCUUCAUCUCAUCUGCCUGUUCCAUUUUCACCUUCAUAUUUAGCUUCAAUGGGGUACCCAAAUAGAAUCCCUAGCGGCAUGGGCCCAAAUGGUUUUAAUCCAUAUGAGAUGCCUUGGGCAUUGCAUGCACACUAUUCUCAAGGUUUAGUGUCUAUGCCUCAGUUCACUCCAAAUGUAAGAACAGCUGCACAUCACCAAGAGGAGAUUGUUGAACCAAAUGAAGAUUAUUUAACAUACAGGGACAUUCACAAUGAUGAUGUUGAUCAUGGUCAAUGGUCAGAGCAAAAUGAAAAUUCUGUCCAAGGAUGUGACCCUGAUGAUGAGAGUCUCCAAGUGCAACAGUCAGAAAAUAAGAAACCACUAUUUUCUGGAGGGUCCACGGUUGUUAAUGCGCCUCACCUUCCAAGCAGGGAGAAUUAUUUAGUGGAUGGCCAUGGGUCAAUAUAUGAAGACAGAAGUUCGAUGGAAAAUAUAGUUGAUAAUCAUCGACAUCAUAGACGAAGUGAGGUUUAUUCUUCAAGCCAAGGCUCUCUGCCUGCCGCACGGACCACUUCAUCGAGAUCUAAACUGUCUUCUGAAGGUUCAUGUGAUGGGUCAUCUUUGAAGAGUUCUAGGUCUGUAAGGGAAAUUCGCGAAAGGGUGGACAGGAAAUCUGUUCAACCUGUUGAACAUUCUCAAAUUUAUAAGAACGGAUUACAACAUGAAAACGAUUCUGUUGACUUUCCUUCUCCUCGGGCUGCUGAUGACAGUCGAGAUUGGAUUCCGUUGUCAACUGUUGAUUCUGAAGUUGUAGAGGACACGGGACAUAGGAAUGUAGCUCCUUUUCUUCGCUUGCAUCAAAUACCUAGUUAUGGAACAGCACAGUUGAGUGGGCCGAAUUCAUUAGGUUCUGUCGCUCCAAUUCCUGUAGUUAAUGAAUCAUGGCAAAGAACAUCUGAUGACCAUGGUUCUCUGCCCUUUGCAUUUUAUCCUGCAGGACCACCAGUACCUUUCGUAACAAUGCUUCCAUUCUAUGGCUUUCCAUCUGAGACAGAAGCCUCAGAUGGAUCUGCAAAUCAUUUUGAGAGGGAUGAGGAUUUCGAUCCAUCCCACAUCAAUCAAUCUGGUCAAAGGACGACCGAAAGUGUUGAUCAUAUACAAAAUUCUGGUCAAUUAAACAAGAAGUGGGCGCCCUCGGAGGAGCUUUCUCCAGAGAAGUCUGAUUUUCUGAAUGGCGACUUCAUCAGCCACUGGCACAAUCUCCAGUAUGGACGUUCCUGCCAGAGUCCUGACCAGGAACCUGUGCUUUGUCCUCCACCAGUUGUACCUCCAAUGUAUGUUCAGGGACAUAUGCCAUCAGAUGGCCCUGGAAGACCUUUGUCUGCUAAUGCCAGCCUUUUCACUCAGCUUAUGGGUUAUGGUCCUGGUACUGUUCAUGUUUCACCUCUCCAGCCUGGUCCUAAUAGACAUGGAGGUGCUUAUCAGGCUUCCGGUGAUGAAAUACCUAGAUAUCGUGGUGGAACUGGAACAUACCUUCCCAAUAUGAAACUUCAGUUGGACCGACAGUCUUCCAAGGCCCGGAACAGCAAAGGGAACUACGGUAAUGAUCGCAAGAAUCAUAAUGCUGAUAGAGACCCGAACUGGGGUCUUGACUCAAAGCUACAAUAUGCUGGUCGUGGCCAAAGUCGAAACCAAGCUGAGAUGUCAAACACAAGAAUAGAUCGACAUGUUCCCAACAACAGUCGACCUGAUAAGAAGUUGUAUACAGUCAACCCUUAUUCAAUGCGUUCAAACCAUCUACAGAAUGGCCCAAUCAGCUCUUCAAAAUCAUUUGUUCAAGCUUCUAGCAAUGUACCAUAUGGCAUGUAUCCUGUGCCAGUAAUGAAUCCAAACGGAGCUGCUCCUUCAGGAAACAAUGUUCCUUCUGUUGUUAUGUUUUAUCCUUAUGACCAAAACAUGGGUGGUGAUUCACCUGCUGAACGACAACUCAAGUUUGGUUCUAUUGCACCUAUGCAUUUCUCUAACCUGAAAGAUGCGGCACAGCUUGGUAGAAGUUCAUCCAAUGACGACAGACAACAGCGAAAUUUUUCAGUAGGUUCUGGCCAUUCUUCACCAGAUUUACCCUCUUCACCAAUGCAUCACAGGGGCGCAUGAAUAUAAUCCCAGAUUAACGCAGAAGCACCAGUUGAGCUAUGCAUCCCUCCUUUCUCUUUGAAGAUGAACCAGAAAGAUAAUAGCCAUGGUAAAAUAAUACGGUUCCAUGAUCCGUAGACACAUCUGCUGGGGUUAUGUUUUUGACCAUCAAAGCAUCAAGCAUCUGUUCUUGGUCUGCGUAUUCUUGUUUAGCAUGCAUGUUUUGAAAAUGUUAUAGCUGUGCUCAUCGGCAGCAGAAGUCCUUCCACUUUGACAAGGUGGUUACAAGAAGCUUGGAAGUUUGCUGGGAUGUAUUUUGGGUGGGGUUUUUUUUGGGGUGGAGGGGGUUGCAUGCAAUUCAAGGGAAAAGAGAGAGGGGUUGUGCCUUUAUAGUUUUUUCUUUGCGUUUUGAAAAUGUUCUAGGAAUUCUCUCCGGAGUUCAUUUUGUUAGGUCUACUUCUGUAUAUAAUACAUAUGAUGUAGGCCUGAACUUUGCUAUAUCUUAGUUUGACAUCUUAUUUCAAAUGACCUAAAGUUUGAGAAAUU